GAAUUGUGGACUGGGAUCAAUCUCCUUUGCACGGUUAUCAUUGAAUAGUCUGACUGUUUGUGAUGUAAUCAUGAUUCAGGUAGAUACACACAUACAACAGCUUGAUCAAUAUUUGAAAAGAUUUGAUGAAGAGCUCCGGCGUGAAAGAGAGAAUGCUGCUGCUGUUUUGCCUGCUACAAGUCUUGAUGGCAGUGCAAAAUCUGGAAGAAGUAGUGAAGGUGGAAGAGGAGGGCGUAAAAAGUAUCCACUCAUCCUAGAUAUCCUUAUAUUUGGUUUCCUUAUAGAUUGGUUAAACUUGUUUUUGUUAGCUGUUAUUGUGUUGUUGAUUCUUGCUUUCGCCUUCCUGAGGAAGUCAUUUUCUCUAUUACUUGUGCAAGUUGUCUGAGAUCACCCCAGAAUUGAACUGACCUGAAUGUACCAACUGAUUUUGUCUAGUUCUAUAUGGAACCAUGGUUUAUCACAGUUCCAAAAUUUUGUGAUCCAGUUGGUCUGGGUCAAAAUUGGUUCUGAGCUAUGAGUAAUCUAAACCACACCAUGUGACCCAAACAAUAUUCUCUUUUCUCCCCGCAGCAGAAAACUUGGCUUGAAAAAUAAAGUCCUUGGUAUACCUGUGACAAAUUUUGAACAAUGAAAUUUGCUUGAACCCUCCUAUGGUGCAGAAUACGGCUGGCAACAGCAACGGCAGCUGCGGCAGCGGCAACAGAAGUAGCAGCAGCAGCAGCUGUUGCUAAUCCAACUGGCAUGGAGCUAGAUUUACCAGUGGAUCCAAAUGAGCCCACAUACUGUUUCUGCAACCAAGUCAGCUUUGGUGAGAUGGUGGCAUGCGAUAACCCUGAUUGCAAGAUAGAAUGGUUUCAUUUUGGAUGUGUUGGUCUUAAAGAACAACCAAAAGGAAAAUGGUAUUGUUCAGACUGUGCUGCUGCCAAAAAUCGCCGCAAAAGCAGAUGAUGCUGAAUUUUUAUUUAUACAACCUUGAUGUCUAAGUUUAUGUUUUGCAAUGACUUGUAGUAUGUUGUCAACUUUUAUCAUAUGGUUGUGUUAUUUCAUGUUUCAGGAACUUCUAUGGGUAUAUUUAAGAUGUGUUAGUAUUUCAAUUGUAUACUUGUAUGGCUUAUCUAAAAGAAUUUUGCAGGAAGAUUAGGAGACUCCUUCAGUAAAUAAAAUUAUAUUCCUCCC